AUGCAUUUCCAUUCAAAUGAUGUUCCAUUAUAUGCGAUUUACAUGAUGCAUUCAAUUUUGUUAUUGGUUUUGGCAUUGAUUUGGAUGAUAUUCUAUCGCGACCAGCCUCAAUACCAUCCCUGGGUUAGUGGAAUUGAACUCAAUAAACUAGUUGCCGGAAAAGUUCAGGAAUGGAAAUCAAAUUCACGAACUCCCACAAAAACUCUUCCAACAUUGUUCCGUUCUCUGUCUGCGUGGUCAAUUUGGCUCAGUACAUUCAUUUUGUUCCUUUGCACCGCCUUUUUCGUUACUUACACACCAUCACUCCUGAGCGCUCAUGAGUUGUUCUUUGUCGAUUACCUUGGAAUCUAUUCAAUGUUGCCGUUCAUUCUUCUGCCCGCUUCAUGUCUCAUUUCUGCAAUUAUCUCUCACUUCUUUGCCCAAUCGACUAAAUGUGUUCGAAUUUUCAAUUCGAUCGGAUUUGCAUUUGUUGCAGUUUUCAUUCUCGUUUUCCCAAUUAUGGCGUAUUUGGGAACUGAAAAUGCACCACUUUAUAUUCUUUCGCUAACAAUGAUGCCGUUUGGUUUGUCAAUGGUCGGCGGAUUUUUACGUAGUUUAACUAUUGUUGGAAGAGCCUACGCAAAAGAGAUCGUGUCGUUUUCGGCAGUAUCGUUUGGAGCUGCAUUCAUUAUCAUACCGAUUAUUGUCACAUUCGUUGUGAACGAAAAUAAAUUGGCAGACUGGAUGCGAAUUUUCUUCUUUCUCGCUUUUGCAUUACUCAUUGCCACUGUUGAAUUUGCUGUUUUUGGAAGAGGAAGAUCACCGUCAUGGGCUGAAUCGUCUUGGGAUCCAUUGGUUGCUUCGACUAAAAUGCAAUCAUUGGCACUUAUUGAUUUUAAUCACGACGAAUGCGGGCUUUACGAGUUGAGACGUAAUUUAAUGCUGCGUUACCAAGCAUCCAUAUAUGGCGAUUCUUUUGAAAACAGCGAAGUUGAUAAUUAUCAUUCAAUGGCACAGCCGUCAACUAUCGCUUCGUCAAAUGGACUGCGAGGGCAGCAGGGUAGGGUUAUAAGGAGACAACCUGUAACUACAUAUAAGAGCUUAACAACAUGCAGAUACCACACCACAACAGCUUCUUCCUCAAAAAUAUGCGGAGAUUCGAAUUCUAGCGGUCCGAAAUACGUCCUUCGGAUGCCAAAAACCGAAACGAACAAAUACGACGAAAACAGACCAAAUGUGUAUGUUCCAGCAUUUGAACCUCUGAAACCCCAAUACACCACGGUGCCUGCAUGCAUGUCCAUGGGAGGUGAAUACGUUUACGAAGAAGAAGUUGAAGUUGAAGAAGAUUCAAACGAAUCAACUUGCGGCCUCUCUCUAAACGAUAGGGAGAAUUUAUCCAACAAUGAAGGAUUCAAUUCUUCGCCAAUUGCUUCAGAUCUGGUAGUUCCCAAAGACGAAGACGACAGUGCGUAUCUGAAAUCAUCGGGACCUCUGAUUCUGUCUACGCCUACAUCCAGUUCUUCAUCGACAUCGACGCCUGUAACUCUGAGCAACACAAGUAAAUUGAUGUCGAUGCGGAAUCGAUUACAGCCAACACGAUUUUCAUGUCCGCAAGCGGAUUGUUUUUGGCGUGGUCCUACCGAUCUAGCCCUUCGGAAACACAUGCAAAUGCACGGAAAACAGCCGUUGAUGUAUCAGGGAGCAAAAAGUGGCGGGGACCCGAUGAAAGUUCAACUCGUGCAACCAAAACCUAAAGGUGUCAAAUGCAGUGAAUGCGACACUUUCGCGUAUUCACGUCCACUGCUUCUUCGCCAUAUGCAUGAUGCUCAUGGAAUCGAGGCUCCACUUAUUCGCCGAACAUUCCCUAACAGAGAGAUGCUUCAGUCGUGGCUGGAUUCACUUCGAGAAACUCAUGCUGUCGAAUUUGUUGUAUCUUCAGGGUCUAAAAAAUGGGGAAGAGGUCUUCAGGUUCACUACUUGACGUGUUCUAGAAGUGGAGAUCAGAAAGAAAGACCAAAUAAGAAGUAUGUGAGACCACCGAGACCAUCUAUCAAAUGUGGAAGAAAUUGUAUGGCUUAUUUAAAGAUCAAACAGAAUCCAACAGUUUCAGAAUUGCAAAUUGAGGGUUGUCUUCAUCAUAGUGGACAUGAAAUUGAUCACACUCGAAUGAUACUGGAACCAAAUGAGCUUUCAAGUAUUGGAUGUAUUGUUGAAAUGAUGAACGAGGGCAGCGAUAUUCUCAGAAAUGCGGAACUUAUGAGAAGUUUUUUGGGUUCUUCUGGUAGAUUCCGUUUAGUCACCGAUAGAGGUUUGAUUGACCAAAUGCCUAUUUGGGUCGACCAGAAAGUGAAACGAGAGAUCGAAGAUGAAGAUGCAUUGGCGGCUGAAAACUUACUUAAAGACGACAUUGAUGAAACGAAAAAUAGUGAUAUUUUCGAAAAUCCGAUGAUAGAUGAUAACAUUCUUUGCGACGGUGAAGAUUUUUCUGGAAUAUCUUCUGUUGACGGCCUCCUAUCUGCAAAUCUGGAAGAAUAUUUUGCCGAGGACUUCAGCAAUUUUGAUUUCAAUGCAGAUUUUCUAAACUCAAUGGAUGACGCAGAUUUCAGCAAACUUCUUGAUUUCGACACAAACAAUUGA